UCUGCAAAUUUACCAGACUGAAUUGAUCUAGUAAGAAAGGACCAUCAUCAAAUUUUGAAAGGGAGCUGUCUAUUUUGUCAGACUGAUCAGACUGUUGGUUCACCUGUGCUUGGGAAAAGGGUACUAGAAGAAGAAUUUGCUGAUUUCAAAUCUCGUCGUCGAGUUGUUCGUAGGCCAAAAUCUGAGAUUGACACAUAUUUGGAAGAGGAUCCUGCCGAGGAUAGUAAAAGAUUUGAUGUGUUGGGUUGGUGGAAGGCUCGUGCUGAUCAGUUUCCUGUCUUAUCAAAGAUGGCUAGGGACUUUCUUGCUAUCCCACUCAGCACCGUAUCAUCUGAAUCGGAUUUUAGUUGUGGCAAUAGGAUUCUAGGGGACACAAGAGGCUCGCUAACGCCACAGAUGUUGGAGGCUUUAGUUAGUGCAAAAGAUUGGCUCACUAUAGUCCAAGAUAAAGAUAAGGAUAAGGACGAUGAAGGGAUCUUAAGUGAAGCUCUUGGGGUCGGUGCAGGGCAAAAUAUGCCACAUUUUGUAAGCAUGUUACAUGUAACUGAAGAGAGUACUAUGAACCAGAUGGACUGAAGUGUGCAACAUGUAGAGCAAUAUCUGAUUGCAGCUUCACUAUUCUUUUUCCAUUACUAUGAACCAGACGGGCUAUGUUGCGCCUCUUCUUAUUGCAGCUUCUUUUGCUGGAGCA